AGCCUACUCCAAACAACAACCCUCUCAUCACUCCAAUCAUCAACACAACUCUCAUUUUCAUGCUUUCCUCCGCUACUCCGAUCGCUGUUUUCGCUACUCUUGCGACAUUUGCACUUCAGUCUAGCGCUACGCCUGUUGCUGAUCCCAGCGUCGCAGCCGCGCACCACAGCGCUCCAGCUACUGCUCAGCCGAAGCCCACCAAGCGCUGCGGUGCAAGCGGUGGCGGCUGGGGCGUCCCGUUCACCAGUGCAUUCAACAACAACGUUGGCUAUGCCUGCAGCCACUGCAACUCUAAUGAGAACGCCGUGUAUACCAGCAAUGCCAAUGCAUGCCAGGCGUGCGAUAACGUGCAUGGCAAUAACAGUGCCUUUACCAGCUUCCGCAAGCGCUGUGGGUGUGGUGAUGUUGGGUACUGCGUGUGUGCUAGCUGGCCAUGGUGCAGCGGAUAUAAGUAUCCCUGCUAUUUGUACUAGGUGGCUCCCAUGCAUAUGAACUUGUU